AUGCUCCGUAUGACUCUUCCUGUCUGCUUGGCUCUGGCUUUUCUGAGCUCGAGCUCCUCCUUCUGCGCAGCCUUCAGCCGGCCGAGGCCUAAGUUUCAGCUGGAGGCCAAGUUAACAGAAACGGAAGUGGGGCCGAACGAUGUUGCUCCGAGCAAUGUUGCACCCGCCGCAUGGGCGGAGCAAGAGUGGCCGGAGUGGAAGCGCUCCCAUCGACGCAUUUGCUCGCUCUUUCGUGGGCUCUGCCCGGAUUCCACCGCCACCGCCUUCAAGGUCACAGCCAUGGCCACGGCGGACUGCUUGGAAAACAUGCUUGGCAUCGGCUCCGGCUGGUUUGUGCUGGCCGUACUCCCCUGCGCAGCCUUCGGCCUUUCUCGACAAGAAGUCGACAAGGCCGCGGUGGGGCUCUGCCGGCAGGGUCCAGGUUCCUGCGUCGAUUGGUGGAGCCGUGGCCCGCAGAUCACGCCGGUAUCACUGAAGGUCUUCCUUACGGUGCUGUUGCUGAUAGAACUCUUGGGCUUGCAGGCGCCGCAGUCGGAUGUCUUCACCUUGCCUGAGACGAUCCGGCGAGUGCGGGCGCACCCCUAUGGAAGGACGCCGGAGCUUGGCUUGCGUUGGGGCUUCGCUUGUGGCGAUGAUGGGGAUGCAGGCUUAAUGCCCCGGCUGACAUACAUCUUCAUGCCAAACCUAAACGAUGCUACGGCAGACAGCUACGCCUCGAUGUUCUCGAUCCUGCGGACAUCUCUGCUGGCGUCGUGGUGCGCUUUCCUGGUGCUUCCCUGCAAUUGGGCGUCCUCUUGGGCCUGCUUUGUCUGGGGAGUCGUGGUUUAUGUGGUCAUGGCGAGUUUGGGAAUUAUGUAUCAGCCAUAUUGCGUUUCUGUUUGCACCUGUCUCUUCCUUGUGGCGGCAGCCUGCAUCUUGCCUUCCUUGGAGAAGAGCCCGAGGGCACGGGCCUGGCUUGGUAUGUUUCUGAUGGUCAGCACACUCGCUCCAUUCUACUUGUCUUCGGGGCUCGCAAAGCUCCGCUACGCAGGCUGGGCCUCCGUGCUCUCCGGUAGCUGGUUGACGCAAGUCUUGCAAAGCGCUUCAGACAGAUCUGCAGUUCCGGGCUUCGUCGAAUGGAUCGUGAAGACUCCCGUGGUUGCUGCGGUCAUGUCUUUCGGCGUGCUCUUGGUGGAGUUCUUGCUUCCUCUCUCGGUGCUCUUUCUAGCAAGUUCGAGCUCUGACUUGGCCUGCUGGUUACGGACUGGCUGGAUCCUUUUGACGACCUUCUUUCACAUCGCCACCAUCGUGAUCGUUGGUCCCAAUUUCGCUCGACAACUUCCAUUGUUGAUGAUGCUUCUGCACGGCGUUUGGCAUCCGGUCAGAAGCACCGAUGCAGAAGCCAUUGAUCCUGAGCAAAUGACUUCUUGGGCACGGAGGGUGAGCUUUGCAACUGCGCUGCUGGUCCUUUGGAUGUGCAAUGCGCUGUGGUCAGACUUCGACCAUAUUUUCGGUGCAACACCUCGUGCUUCUCAUCACGACAUGCAAUGGCCACUGCCGGAAAUGUCCAUGUUUACUUCGACUUCCGCAUCGACCAACUAUGUCCGCUCUCUGUCCCUUGAGAUUGCCAUUGCGGUGGCGCUCUCCGGCAAGGUCUGCUACGACAUCUCACGGGCAGCCUCCGCUGUCAAGGGCGAGCAGGCAGAUUCGUGCACAGGGUGA